AGCAAACAAUCUCUUCGAAUUUGUACAUUUUUUCGAGUUUCAAAUUACCAGUUUUAAAUCCAUAAUGAUAUCUAUAUGUUCAAGCUCCUUGAAAUUUUCAGCUAAUAAUUCAUCCAAUUUAUCAAAAUGUUUUAAACUCUGCACUAGAUAUCACAAUAAAAUAAAUGUAUUUGAUGGCAAAGCUCAUCAAUAUAAUGCAAAAUUUUCGACUUCAAGCAAGGUCAAUUCAUCAUCAGCCUUCAAGGCUGCCAUUGCAGCAGGUGAGAAGCUAAUUGAGCCAACUGUUAGAUUGAAUGAUCCAUUGUCAAUUGUUUCACAUGAAAUGUCACAUUUAGCUAAAAAUAUUGCAAGUUUAAUUGGUUCAGGACAUUCCACUUUGAAUAAAGUUGCUGCGUAUUAUUUUGAGAGUGAUGGUAAGAAGUUGCGUCCUUUGAUUGUUUUAUUGAUUUCAAGAUGCUUGAGUGUUAUUGAUGAGAGCGAAAGAACAAGAUUGAAUCCGGAUUAUAUGGAUAGUUAUGAUCAGCCCUCAUACAAGGGUACAAAUUCAUCGAUUUUAACAAUCACAAAGGGGGAUGUUAAUACAUCAUUAUCUCCAUUAAAUAUUUUACAUGGGAUGAAUCCAAAGUUGAUUUUAGAUCCAUUAUCUAAACCAUUGAAUCAAUUGCCUAAUAUUGAUCAAUCAAGUAACUUGGGUAUUUUGCCCAAGCAAAGAAGAUUAGCAGAGAUUAUCGAAUUAAUUCACACAGCGUCUUUAUUACAUGAUGAUGUUAUUGACUUUUCAGACUCGAGAAGAGGUAGACCCUCAGGCAAUUAUGCAUUUUCAAAUAAAAUGGCAGUUUUAGCAGGUGAUUUUCUCCUAGCUAGAGCCUCUGUUGCUUUAGCAAGAAUACGUAAUCCGGAAGUAAUUGAAUUAAUUUCAACAGCAAUUGCCAAUUUGGUUGAAGGUGAAUUCAUGCAAUUGAAGAAUACUGUGCUAAAUAAAAAUGAAAAUAUGUUGGAUAGUGGUAAAUAUUUACCUCCACAAAAAUAUGACAAAGUACCUGUAAAACUCCAAAAUCAUGGAGUUCAAAUUCCAAAUGAAAAUUUAAAUCUUGAUCACAGAGAUAAUAUCCUAGCAGCAUUUGAAUAUUACUUACAUAAAUCAUAUCUCAAAACUGCCUCGUUAAUGUCUAAAUCUUGCAGAGCCUCUGCUGUGUUAUCCGGUGUUAAUGAAAAGUUGAUCGAUCAUUGUUAUGAAUUUGGUAGAAACUUGGGAUUAUGUUUUCAAAUUGUCGAUGAUGUCUUGGAUUAUACAAUUGCUGCCGAUCAAUUGGGUAAACCUGCAGGUGCAGAUUUGAAAUUAGGAUUAGCUACUGCUCCAGUAUUGUAUGCAUGGCAAGAAGAACCAGCAUUGGGCAAAUUGAUUGCAAGGAAAUUUAAUCAGCCAGGCGAUAUUGAAAGAGCUAUUGAGUCGGUUAUGAGACACAAUGGAAUUGAAAAGUCCAAACAACUAGCUGAAAAAUAUAGAAACCUUGCAUUGGAGAAUUUGAAAAAACUUCCAGAAUCAGAAAGUCGAUAUGCUUUAGAAUUCAUCACCAAUUCUGUUUUGACAAGAACCAAAUAAACGAAAAUAAGUAUUAUUAGUUUGUUUUUCUGGUAACAUAUAGCUCUGUCACUGACGCUUUCCUUGAAUUGUGUCUGUUUGCAUUUCUUGAUUUUGCUCUUCAUUUCAUCUUUUUUGUACAUAUGUCUUUAUAGAUAUGUUGUGUCUGCUUCCAGGAGAAACAGCACAGGCAGCUACAAUCUUCCUCGCUGAAAC